AUGUCACUGACGGAAAGCCUUUCUGCAGUCUACAUCUGCUGGGAUCGCACAUUGUAUUUUUCCUGCUUCACCUGUUACUAUUGCGCACCACUCGAUAACAUGGCCAAAUCCUCUAGCACAAAAAAGGAACAGCGUACAGGCAGUCCCUUGACCAGAACGCUUUCUGUUGAGACCAUUGGGCCCAAAUUGACUUCUCUUUUCCGGAAAAGGAAGAGAAGCGAUAGCGCUGCAUCAACUCCAUUGUCUGGUACACCUCAGGAAUCCGAAGCGUCAAACUCCGAUGAUGAGACUACUGAACAAGCACGGAAAAAGCAACGUGUUGAAGACUUGAAGAAGAAAGAGGAAUUCGAGAAAAAGGAGGCUGAAUUGGAUGCUCUUCUUCCGGAAGAACUCAGAAAAUUCCGUCCUCGUGGUUUCAAGUUUAACUUACCCCCAACAGAUCGGCCGAUCCGCAUUUAUGCCGAUGGAAUCUUUGAUUUGUUUCACUUGGGACACAUGCGCCAAUUGGAACAAGCUAAGAAGGCAUUCCCCAAUGUGGAAUUGGUGUGUGGCAUUCCCUCAGACGCUGAGACCCAUCGCAGAAAAGGUUUGACAGUGCUCACAGACAAGCAAAGAUGCGAUACUUUGAAACAUUGUCGCUGGGUUGAUGAGGUGAUUCCCAACGCUCCAUGGUUUGUUACUCCGAAAUUCCUCAUUGAUCACAAAAUUGACUAUGUAGCUCAUGAUGAUCUCCCUUAUGCGUCAGCAGACUCGGAUGACAUUUACAAACCAAUCAAGGAGAAAGGUAUGUUCUUGACCACACAAAGAACUGAAGGAAUUUCUACAUCAGACAUCAUCACCAAGAUUAUCCGCGAUUAUGAUAAGUACUUGAUGCGUAAUUUUGCUCGUGGUGCAACAAGAAAGGAAUUGAAUGUGAGUUGGUUGAAAAAAAACGAGUUGGAAUUCAAAAAGCACAUUAGUGACUUUAGAACGUACUGGAUGAGAAACAAAAUUAACUUCAACAAUGUGUCAAAGGACUUAUAUUUUGAAGUGCGUGAAUACUUGCGGGGUAAAAAAUUCGACAAUCCCUUGUCUAUUUCGUCUUUCAGUCUGUCGCUAGGCAGUGAUCUGGAAGAAGUAUCUCGUGCUCUGAGUCCUAUGACAGACUUCGCAUCCAAGUACAUUGCGAAUAAGAACGACAAGCCGCGCACCAUAUUGGGCAAUUUUCGUGAUUGGAUGGGAAAAGACGACUCCAACGAUGAAAUUUCUACCGAGGAGGCGGAGAAGACUCCUGUGAAAUCCACGAAAAAGACUGAUUCCCCCAAAAAGACUAAGAAGGCAAAGCGCAGGAAGGAGGAGUAA